AUGGCACAACCAGUAAUUACACCACCGGAGAGUCAAGCUUCAUGGAAGGACUUCAACAUGAAAAAUAAACAUUGGGAGAAGAGAGAGAAUAGUUCUUCUUCUAGAUAUCAGAUAAAAGGCCAGUGGAUAGGUGAAGAAGACAGGAGACUGAUUAGCUUAGUACAUCAAUUUGGAUUGAGGAAAUGGGCUGUAAUAGCUGAAGAAAUGGUUGGUAGAGUGGGAAAACAGUGUCGUAAUCGAUGGAAUAAUCAUCUGCGUUCUCAUAUCAAGAAGGACGUUUUGACUGACGAUGAAGAGAGACGGUUAAUUCAAGCACAUGAAAGACUUGGAAAUCGUUGGCCAGAGAUAGCUAAGUACAUUCCUGGAAGAACUGAAAAUUCAAUAAAGAAUCACUGGAAUGCCACAAAAAGGAGUAAUGGUUCCACCUCCACUAACUCAAAUUCCAGCACCACCACCACUGCAGCAAAUCCGUCCAACGCUGGCCCAUGA